UCUGAUUUAUUUCAGACAGGUAACUCAAAGUAUAUUUUGUGUUGGGUGUUAUGUUGUGCACUGCUUGUAAUUCCUGCUAUUUGGGAGGCAGAGGCAGGAGGCUCAUAGGUUGGGGGCCAAACCAGGCAAUCUGAUGCGAACCAUGUCAAAAUAAAAGGGCCAGGGAUGAAGUUUAGUGGUAGGAUGCUUGCCUAACAUGCAUGAGGCUCUGGGUCCCAUCCCUAGUAGGGGACACACACACAUACACACAAUUCUUGCUAGGUUAUUUUCCACUGACAGGUUGCCAAGUAUUUCUUUUAUCUUCAUUGUGCCCCUUUUCCUGUCUUCUGUCUGUUGACCCCUACAGUUUAUCAGAUGGAUAGUGUCUUGAUCUCAGGUUGGUGACUGAGGCACCAUCCCUAGGUCUCCAUCAAGGCCCUACAAAGUGUUGGAGAGGGCGGGGCUUCCCGGGCUUGAGCCGGUUUCUCUGGGUUUUGCCUGGCGACGGCUGGCCGUCCGCGAGCGCGGGAUGGAGCGGCGGGACGAGCUGGAGCUGCUGGAAGGCGAGAGCGUGGAGGAGGAGGCUGCGCGGCCGGCGGAGCUAUUUCAGAAGAAAGUGGAAGCCUCCUUUCCCAAAACAGUUCUGAGCCGAGGACCCGAUAACCGCUACCUGGUGUUAGCGGUUGAUGUUGUGCAGACGGAGGAAGGAAGCUACGAGAAGCACCUGAUGCUCACGACAUCCCGGUCCCUAGAACCUGAAGAACAGUGCCUCCUUAGGGAUGACUGGUGUUCUGUACCAGUACAGCCAGGGGACAUUGUUCAUUUGGAAGGAGACUGCUCGUCUGAUACUUGGAUAAUAGAUAAAGAUUCUGGAUUUCUGAUCCUGUAUCCGGACAUGCUGAUUUCUGGUACAAGCAUAGCCAGUAGUAUUCGAUGUCUGAGAAGAGCUGUCCUGAGUGAAACUUUUAGGAGCUCCCACCCAGCCACUCGCCAGAUGCUGAUUGGUGUAGUUCUCCAUGAAGUAUUUCAGAAAGCAAUAAGUGAUAGCUUUGCACCAGAAAAGCUAAGAGAACUUGCUUUUCAAACUGUUCAAGAGAUAAAGCAUUUGAAGGAAAUGUACCGCUUAAAUCUGAGUCCAGAUGAAAUAAAACAAGAAAUAGAGGAGUACCUUCCUGCAUUCUCCAAGUGGGCCAGAGAUUUCAUGCAUCAGAGUGUUUCGGCUGACUUCCCUCAGAUGCAGCUUUCCCUGCCAAGUGACGGUAGUACUAAUAAUUCAACAUGUAACAUCGAAGUAAUAAGCUCACUGGAUAUCGAGGAAAGCAUUUGGUCCCCUAGGUUCGGCAUAAAAGGCAAAAUAGAUGUUACAGUUGGUGUGAAAAUACAUCGAGGUUGUAAAGCGAAAUAUAAAAUCAUGCCACUGGAGCUUAAAACUGGCAAAGAAUCCAAUUCUGUUGAACAUCAUGGUCAGGUGGUUCUCUACACACUGCUGAGCCAGGAGAGGAGAGAGGAUCCCGAGGCUGGCCUGCUUCUCUACCUCAAGACAGGGCGGUUGCACCCUGUGCCUGCCAAGCAUCUGGAUAAAAGAGAAUUACUGAAGCUGAGAAACCAGAUGGUGUUCUCGUUGCUGCACCGUACUAGCCAAACUGCGACUGCAGAGGAGAGGACACAGCUUGCUCCUUUGCCUCAAAUAAUCGAGGAGGAAAAAGUCUGUAAAUACUGUUCACAAAUGAACAACUGUGCUCUUUAUAGCAGAGCAGUGGAACAACAGAUGGAGGACAGUUUGGUCCCAGUGGUUAUGCAGCCCAGGAUAAAAGAAGCUACCGAGCACCUGAAGCUCACGCACUUAGAGUAUUUCAGCCUUUGGUGUCUCAUGUUAACCCUGGAGUCACAAUCAAAAGAGAACACGAAGAAUCACCAGCAUAUCUGGCUAGUGCCUGCCUCUGAAAUGGAAGAGAGUGGGAGCUGCGUUGGCGGCCUGAUCAGAACAGAACCUGUAAAGAGAGUUUGUGAUGGACAAUACUUACAUAACUUCCAGCGCAAAAAUGGUGCCAUGCCUGCCACAAAUCUGAUGGCAGGGGACAGAGUUAUUUUAAGUGGAGAAGAGAGAACACUGUUUGCUCUGUGCAGAGGAUAUGUGAAGGAGAUUAACAUGACAACAGUAACCUGUUUAUUAGACAGGAAUUUGUCAGUACUUCCAGAAUCGACUUUGUUCAGAUUAGACCAGGAAGAAAAGAACUGUGAUAUAGAUACCCCAUUAGAAAAUCUCUCUAAAUUGAUGGAAAACACUCAGCCCAGCAAGAGACUUCGAGAUUUAAUCAUCGACUUUCGGGAGCCUCAGUUUAUACCCUACCUCAGUUCUGUCCUUCCACACGAUGCGAAGGACACAGUGGCCGGCAUUCUGAAGGGUUUAAAUAAGCCUCAGAGACAAGCAAUGAAAAAGGUUCUUCUUUCAAAAGACUACACACUCAUCGUGGGGAUGCCUGGGACAGGAAAAACCACGACCAUCUGUUCCCUUGUGAGAAUCCUCUAUGCCUGUGGUUUCAGUGUCUUGUUGACCAGCUAUACACAUUCUGCUGUUGACAAUAUUCUUUUGAAGUUAGCCAAGUUUAAAAUUGGAUUUUUGCGUUUGGGUCAGACUCAGAAGGUUCAUCCAGAUAUCCAGAAAUUCACAGAGGAGGAAAUUUGCAGAUCAAAAUCCAUUAAAUCCUUGGCUGUUUUACAAGAACUGUAUAAUAGUCAACUUAUAGUUGCAACAACAUGUAUGGGAAUAAACCAUCCAAUAUUUUCCCGGAAAACUUUUGAUUUUUGUAUUGUGGAUGAAGCCUCUCAAAUCAGCCAACCAGUUUGCCUGGGACCACUUUUUUUUUCUCGGAGGUUUGUGUUGGUGGGAGAUCACCAGCAGCUUCCUCCCCUGGUGCUAAACCGGGAAGCAAGAGUUCUUGGCAUGAGUGAAAGCUUGUUCAAGAGGCUGGAGCGGAAGAAGAGUGCUGUUGUACAAUUAACCGUGCAGUACAGAAUGAACAGUACAAUCAUGUCCUUAAGUAAUAAGCUGACCUAUGAAGGAAAGCUGGCGUGUGGGUCAGACAGAGUGGCCAGUGCAGUGAUAACUCUACCUAACUUUAAAGAUGUGAAGCUGGAGCUGGAAUUUUAUGCUGAUUAUUCUGACAGUCCCUGGUUGAGUGGAGUAUUUGAGCCAAGUAAUCCUGUUUGCUUUCUUAAUACAGAAAAGGUUCCAGCACCAGAACAAGUUGACAAAAGUGGUGUGAGCAAUAUAAUAGAAGCCAAACUCAUAGUUUUCUUGACUGCAACUUUUAUUAAGGCUGGAUGUAAUCCCUCUGAUAUUGGUAUCAUUGCACCGUACAGGCAGCAGUUAAAAAGCAUCAAUGAUUUAUUGGCACAUUCUUCUUUUGGGACGGUGGAAGUUAAUACAGUAGACAAAUAUCAAGGAAGAGACAAAAGAAUAAUCCUAGUAUCUUUUGUUAGAAGUAAUAAAGAUGGAACUCUUGGUGAACUCUGGAAAGAUUGGCGACGUCUUAAUGUUGCUAUAACCAGAGCCAAACAUAAACUGAUUCUCCUGGGGUGCAUGCCCUCACUAAAGCGAUAUCCUCCUUUGGAGAAAUUGUUUUGUCAUCUAAAUUCAGAAAAACUAAUCAUUGAUCUUCCAUCAAGAGAGCAUGAAAGUCUGUGUCACAUACUGGGAGAUUGUCAGAGAGGGUGAGGCCCGGUUUCCUUCCUUUUUCACAUUCCUCACUGGAGCUGCUAUCCUGAUUUUGGAUCACUGAAAAACAGCCUGGAUAAACUGUGAAGAUGACCUGUAAUCCAAGGAUGCGCUACGAAGUUUCAGUUGUUUCUUUUCUAAAAAUUUAUUUUAUUUAAUCUUGUUAAUCAUAAAAUUCUCUUGCCAUACAAAAUUUAACACAGUAUGUAUUUAAUUACUAAUGCAUCCCAUACUGGGAAAAGUCUAAAUUUAUUGGUACUACAAAUACAUUCUUAGCUGGCCUACAAAAAGUUUGAUAAAUUUUUAACCAACUUUAAACAUGGAUUAACUUGUGGAUCUGAGUUUAAACUUUUAAAUCUAAAAUUUCAGGACUAAUUUGGUUUUAUAGAUUUAACCAUAAGAAUUAUAUUUAAAAUAACGUUUUAAUAAAUAAAGUUUUCAUAAAUAAAGUUUUCAUAAUUUAAGCACAACCCUGUGGUCAUGGGAAAACAGGUUAUGUUUUUUUUCCUUUUUUUUUUUGGUCUUUUUGAGACAGGGUCUCACUCUGCAAGUCAGGCUGG